CCCCCUGGCUUCGGGCCUCCGCCGUGGUCGCGCGCUGCUGAGGCGUCUGCUCAGUGCGGACGGCGUCGCGCGAAGGGCGGCGAGGGCAGCGGUCAGGUAUGGCGUCGGCGGCGCUGGGCGGCUCGGCGGGCUCGCGGUCCACGGCUGUGGCGGAGCUCUGCCAGAACACCCCGGAGACCUUUCUGGAAGCCUCCAAGCUGCUGCUCACCUACGCCGACAACAUCCUGAGAAACCCCAGUGAUGAGAAGUACAGAUCUAUCCGUAUUGGAAACACAGCCUUUUCUACCAGACUCUUGCCUGUCAGAGGAGCCGUUGAGUGUUUAUUUGAAAUGGGCUUUGAAGAGGGUGAAACACAUCUUAUCUUUCCUAAAAAUGCUUCAGUGGAGCAGCUGCAGAAAAUCCGAGACCUGAUCGCCCUGGAGAGAAGCAGCAGAUUGGGUGGGUCAGAUACGAAAGCGGGGUUGCCUCAGCAGCCUGCUGCCAGUCCCCAGCUUCCCACAGCAUGGUCUGCAGGUCCGAAUGCAUUAGCCCAGCACCCAGGAGACCAACCAGGGCAGCCUCCAAGAGCAUCCUUUGCGCCAAAGAUUGUUGCUGAUUCAACCAUUCUAAAAGUCCUUCAGUCCAACAUUCAACAUGUAGAGCUCUAUGAGAACCCUGUCCUCCAGGAGAAAGCAUUGACUUGUAUUCCAGUCAGUGAGCUAAAAAGGAAAUCUCAGGAGAAGCUGUCCAGAGCUAGGAAACUAGACAAAGGUACUAACGUAAGUGACGAAGAUUUUCUUCUGCUGGAGCUUUUACACUGGUUUAAGGAGGAGUUUUUUCGCUGGGUGAAUAACAUUUUGUGCAGCAAAUGUGGUGGAGAGACUAGAUCUAGAGACAAAGCACUGCUGCCCAAUGACGCUGAGCUGAAGUGGGGUGCCAGCAACGUGGAAGACCACUACUGUGAUGCCUGCCAGCUAAGCAACCGCUUCCCCAGAUAUAACAACCCUGAGAAACUUUUGGAAACGAGAUGUGGACGCUGUGGCGAGUGGGCCAAUUGUUUUACACUGUGCUGCCGUGCGUUAGGGUUUGAAGCUCGCUAUGUGUGGGAUUACACAGACCAUGUUUGGACAGAGGUUUACUCCCCUUCUCAGCAGCGCUGGCUGCACUGCGACGCGUGUGAGGAUGUGUGUGACAAGCCUCUGCUUUAUGAAAUCGGAUGGGGCAAGAAGCUUUCCUACAUCAUCGCAUUCUCUAAAGACGAGGUAGUUGAUGUCACUUGGCGAUACUCUUGCAAACAUGAUGAAGUAAUCUCCAGGAGAACCAAGGUUAAAGAAGAAUUACUUCGAGAAACAAUUAAUGGGCUUAAUAAGCAGAGGCAGCUGUCUUUGUCAGAAAACAGAAGAAAAGAACUUCUCCAGAGGAUAAUUGUUGAGCUUGUCGAAUUUAUAUCUCCCAAAACCCCUAAACCUGGGGAACUUGGUGGAAGAGUGUCUGGGUCAGUGGCCUGGAGAGUGGCCCGAGGUGAAAUGGGCCUGGAGAGAAAGGAAACCCUGUUCAUUCCCUCUGAAGAUGAGAAGCUUUCUAGGCGACUCCACCUCUGCUACAAUAUCGUGAAGGAUCACUAUGUCCGCGCUUCAAGCAAUAACGAAACCAUCUCUGGAUGGGAAAAUGGCGUGUGGAGAGUGGAGUCCAUAUUCAGGAAAGUUGAAACAGACUGGAACAUGGUAUAUUUAGCCCGGAAGGAAGGAUCAUCUUUUGCUUAUAUUUCCUGGAAAUUUGAAUGUGGGUCAGCUGACCUAAAAGUAGAUAGCAUUUCCAUCAAAACAAGUAGCCACACCUUCCAGACCGGGUCAGUGCAGUGGAAACUGCGAUCCAGUACAUCUCAAGUCACCCUACCUGGAGAUAAAACUCUUCAUUCCUAUAAUGAUUUUUCUGGUGCCACAGAAGUUAUUUUAGAAGCAGAAUUAAGCAGCGGAGAUGGCAAUAUUGCUUGGCAACAUACCCAGCUGUUUAGACAAAGCUUAAAUGACCAUGAAGAAAACGCUUUGGAGAUAAUUAUAAGAUUCAGCGACCUCUGAGGACUGAGCAUUAGGAGAAGCUGGCCACUGCUGAGGAUCUACUGUGGCCCCAGUGUGUUGGCUCAGCAUGUGUCUAGUUGGCCGUUCACCACCUGUCCAGCAGGCUACCCAUCAUGUAACCUUCAUUAAAGUAUGUCUUUAUACUGUGGAUCAUGGGAAGUCUUCGAUUAAAAACUCCUUUCCACCAUUGACCAGAAUUUGACAUAAAGUCUUACUGAUCUCAUAUGAGAUUCCAAUCUGAAUACUUAGUAUAGUUUUAAAAGAAAAUGAUGGUAUUCAUAAUUAAAUGCUAUUCAUAACUGUGAUAAACUCUUGGGCUCAUAGUUAACAUUUUCUGGUAAGAUUUUCCUAACAUUCUUAAUGUUGAAUAAAUAUGAAUGUAGAGUAUUUAAGUUCCAUAAUGCAUGAAGAUUUUUAUGACUGUAAAAUACAGACAGUUAAGAAGUAAAAUGGAUUAUUUUGCCUUACACCGUUUCAAUGGUUACUUUGGCUAAAACAAGCCUUUACUGUAGAUGCUCAGCACUGAAAGCCACCUGAAUACACACAUUGUGAAAGCAUUUAACACCAACAGCUUAAAUUCAAAACACAUUAUGAAUUCCUUAAUAUGUAGGAACUUGAAAAUGCUUUACUUUUGAGUUGUAAACUACCUCAUGGAAUAAAAUGCUCUUGGCUUUGAAACUGUCAUUCAGUUUUAUCAACUAUGUCAAGGUGUUUUGUGUGACUUCACAUUAUUGCUCCAGUAAAAUGUAAGGAACAUUUACUAAG